GGAGGAUGGGGGAGUGUAAAUGUGAAGUGUAUCCUGAGUUGCAGUCCUGUGCCUGCUUGCAUUCCUCUCAUCAGGGAUUUGCUUAAAAAAGAAAAGAAUAAAUAAAUAAAAAUUAAUUAAUGAUUAAAUAAUACGCCAAAGAAGUAGACCGGAUUACGGCGGAAAUCCGGCGGAUUGAUCUCGGACCAGCACUUUGGAGGCUGAUUGUGGUGUUUUCGCGGAGCAGCGCUCAUCAGUCACUGGGGAAUUUCUGGGAUUUGGACAGGGAGAAGCUUCAUAAAGGAGUGUACACAUCAGGAGAAAAAGAAACAGAUCCGACACUCCAAUCGCGCUUUCCAAAGCAGGAAAACAAGAUGGCUGGUGACAGUAAACGAUAACAAGGGACCGGAACGUUGUUGUCCCCUUUAAGGACCAGCGCCGUGUGUGUGUGUGUGUGUGUGUGUGUCUGAAAUACAUAAAUAUUUAAGCGAGAUCGCUUAAACCUAUAAAGCUUGACGUUCGGCUGGUCGCUGUUUUGUGAGAGAAGGAAUCAGAUCGCAGCUCAGCGCCGUGAGCGGGCAUGGAGAAGAGUCACAACACCGCGGAAAACCCUUUAACAUUGAACGACUACAGAUAGCAAGAGAAUAAAUAGCGUUACAGCGGAGUUUGAUCGAGAGAUUUCGCGUGUGAGUGUGUGCGCGCGCGGGCGCGUGCGUGUGCGCGUGUGUGUGUGAGAGAGAGAGAGAGAGAGAGAGAGCGCGCGCGAGCUCCGUGGAUAGCUUUCAUAACGCACGUUAAUGUUCUUUAACGUGUUUGCUGUUCUGUACAUCGGAAAAGGUCUCAGAACACGGAGGCGGUCUGAUCUGGGUGGCAGAAAAUCAGACACACGCGUAAUGACUACUCCAACAUAGAGUUCGAAUUGUAAACAUUUAUAUAUUAUAAUAAUUAUUAUUAUUCGUCUCGUUCUUCUAAUUAUUAUUAUUAUUAUUAUUAUUAUUAUUAUUAUUAUAGCUGUACUGAUUUUUCGAAACUAUUUUCCGGCGCUCCAUUUCUCACAGUAUGGAGGCCUGAUGUCCUGCCGAGGUAAGUGUCAUAACGCCGUCUAGGAACUCUGAACAUAUACGUAUACACAGGGUAUACACAGGGUAUACACAGGGUAUAUACAGGGUAUAUACAGGGUAUACCGAACAGGACACUGAUCUCGUUUCGGGAUCUGGAGAUAUUUUUGAGCUGCUCGACUCACGUGUGCUUUUACAACUUUCUCAAUGAUCGGAUGCAUGAGGCUUGUUUUUGGAUAAAUACAUAUAUAUGGACUUAUGGAUCAUCCGACUUCAACUUUCCAGCGCACAUCCGAGUGUUCAGAUCAAACACGGGACAUGGUGUAGCUUCACCAAAACUUCACUCAAAGCAUAGUGUUAUUACAGAGACUUAAAGAGCUUUAAACAACUUUACGUGCUUGUAAUAAGCUGUAUAAAUCCCCGAGAUCGGUGCGAUUGCGUUUUCAUCACUGCGCCAAAACCAUGCUCAGAUAUUUAGGAGAUCAUAUCGGAGAACUGGGACUCCGGUGUGGUUUUCAGUAACAUGCCCCGUUUGUCGCGAUCCGAUUGCAAGCCUGAGAUCUCUGAUUUGUCUCCCUGGACCCUUAAUGGAGACUUCUCGACAGCUGUUUGUGCACACCUGGAUGCAGCGUCUUCUUCUUAUUAUUAUUAGUAUAAAGGGCUUUAAAACAAUGACUGGAACAGCGCGUCGAAUUCCACUCCGACUUCAUUGAAACACUUGAGUAAGCUCUUCAACUUGAAAAUCCUGGCCUGCAUGUCUUCUGCCCAAGCAGCCGAGAUGGCCGAGGCCUGGAAGAACUGUUUUGAAGAGGAGCUCAUCUGCCCCAUCUGCCUGCAUGUGUUCGUGGACCCGGUACAGCUGCCGUGCAAACACAACUUCUGCCACGGCUGCAUCAGCGAGGCCUGGGCCAAAGACGUCGGCAUUCUCCGGUGUCCGGAGUGCAACCAGCCCUACAAACAGAAGCCCAGCCUGGACAAGAACAUCAAGCUGAUCAACAUCGUGGAGAAGUUUAACGCAUUGAACACAGAGAAGGAACCAGCUGUGCUGCAGUGCAUUCUGUGCAGAAGGGGACCCGCGCUCCCGGCGCAGAAAGUUUGCCUCCGUUGCAACGCGCCCUGCUGCCAGUCUCACAUCCAAACCCACCUUCAGCAGCCUUCUUCAAACGCCGGACAUCUGCUGGUAGAUGUCGAGGACGUGCGGGCCUGGAGCUGCCCUCAGCAUGACGAAUACAGACUGUAUCACUGCGAGACCGAGCAGGUGGCCGUCUGUCGUUACUGCUGCUUCUCCAGAUGUGCAGUCGGCCAUGGACACGGCGUCUGCGACGUGGAACUGCGUCAGAAUGAUAUAAGGCACAUGUUGAUGAAGCAGCAGGAUCGUAUCGAUGAUCGAGUGCAGGACAUUGAUGAGCUGUUGUACAAGCUGGAGUCGGACAAACGGCAGGUGGAGGAUAAGGUGGAUCAGCUGAAACAAGAGGUGCGCUUGCAAUAUCAGAAAAUGCAACAGCUCCUGGACGAGGACCUGGGGAAGGCUCUGAAUGUGCUGGAGAAGUCACGAUCGAAGUUCUGCCAGGAAAACUCCAGACAGGUCUUGCAGCUAAAUGAGCGACGCCAGGAGGCCAAGAAGAUGCUCAGCUCUGUCCAGGUCUUGUUUGACAAGGCAGAGAAUAUCAACUUCAUGAAGAACACAAAACCUGUAAAGAUCCUCCUGGAUAGAUCUCAGACAUCUAUAGACAGCGCACUACCUCCCUACAAUGCAGGUCACCUUAACUCUAAAGUCUUUCUCGCUGAGAUUUCUAAAAAGGAGAAGAACCUACGCAAAGUGCUGGAAGCACCCUUCGCCACCCCUGCACACUUUUUCCAGAGCGUUCCUGUCUACCAAUGCAGAGUGAGCAGCACAGGACCGGAAAAGCGCAAGCACUCGGCUGCGUUUCCUGAGAGCAGCGCAAACUUCAUGGAAUCCUCCUCGGGUCCUGUGAACAAGCAGCAGUUCUUGGCUCCAAGUACUAGCUCUGAUGAAGGGCCAUCUGUGGCCUCCUGCAGCUCUGCCCGACACAUUGUAAGCCUGAACAGUGGUGGUGCAGAAGUGAGUGAUGUUCAGCCUGUCCAUCAUUCCAGCUCAGUGUUCAGUCCCGCCCACUACCCCAGCUCUGGCUCCACCCAACAGGCUAUGCUGCCACAGUACAAUGGGCGUAAGAUUCUUAUGUGUACAGUGGACAACUGCUACUGCUCCAGCAUGCCUUCUGUAUCUGGACAUCAUGGCCACCCGUCCUAUUCGCGCUCACCCUCUUUUGCCUGGGCACAGGAGUUCUCGCACCCGAUGCCUCCCCCAGCACCCUCCAUGUCCCAGCCAAUGCAGAACAUCUCAGUACGUGGAAACUGGAUUGGUACCUCACAAAGCCACAGGCACCCUGACUUCUACAGCCUUUAUGGAGAACCUUCUGCUAAACACUAUGUCACCAGUUAACUAUUCUUUCUUUUUCUUUUCUUUUUUCUUUCGUUCUCUUUCGCUUUAAUUUCCUUUCACUUUCUCACUCUUUAUUUUGUCUCAAGUAAAACAACCGUUGCAUUCGAAUGGCACUUUAUCUCAUGUUAUAUUAGUCGAGAUAAACCUUGCAGUCCUUCCAACCACAUAUCUUCCUUCUCAACUUCAUAAAAUCUCUGUCUGCCGCAGUCUUUUUUUUUUUUUUUCAGGAAAAUUGUGCCUGUGCUUUUAAAAUUGAAAACAGGUCUGGGAUAAGUGCAGAUGUUGCUGACCUUAAAACAUUAGCUUUUGCAUAGGGCCAAUAUUUUAGGCCCUUCCUUUGCCCUACCUUCUGAUGUCUGAGGAGGAGGAAGAAGAGGUUGAGGAAACAUUUUUAUAUGAUAAAUUUGGUCUGUUAUUCAGUAUGUAACUGAGGGGAAACAACUCAUUUACUGCAUCAAUAUAAUACCUAAUCUGGGAAAGAUGGGUAAAAGAUUUAGAAAAAUUAAGAACCAUACCAUAACUGGUUGCCCAAGAUCUAAACCAUGUGUAACAUGAAACAAGCUGGGGUUAGAGCUUUUAUGUUAAUGCCUAAGAGGUCACAGGAUCUAGUAUAAUGUUUACAAUUACAUAUUAGUAUUUUUAUGAUUGUGUCUUAAUUCCAUUUAGGAAGAAUCACCCCAAAGGAAACAAACAGCAUAAUUACAAACUCGAAUGCUAGUUAUAAUUCUGAAAGGCUCCAUGAGCACCUCUCACAUGUUCCACACGUCCUUUCCGUGACUUCUCUGAAACUUGAUUGCUACUGCACCUAAACUGAUCUUUCCUGGAUUCUGCUUUCCGUUGAGUAUGGUAACUUCCUGAAUCAAAGCACAUGAAAGGCAUGUUCACGACGAUCAGCAAAUGCACUCAAUAUUUACUCCUGGAUCAAUUCUAUGGAAAUGACAUCCUUCCUCUUUAAAAAAAUCUUUGUCAGCUCCAGCGGAACCAGCGAGCUUUUGCGUUCACUGCACAGUGCUGAUUGUCAGGAACAUGCUGAAAAUCUGUUGACUUCCUGUUUUGGGACUUUAAGCAGUCCAAAAAGAUUUUUUCCAUGAACUCCAAGGGUCUAUGCUGAGCCUGAAUAGAAAACAGUUAUUGACUUUUUCCCCACAUAUUUUUUACAAGGAAACAAUGGACUACUGAACCUCUAUAAUUUGCUUCAUUGUGCUUUAAAAAGUAUUAAAUGUUGGUUUUAAAACACAUACAGAACAGUCUUUUUGUACAUAUUUUGUGCAACACAAAAGUGUGGCUCUAAAAAAAUAAACUGCAGUUAAUGGA